AAUGGUUUGAGAGCAUCAAUUUUGUCAGAUAUGUUGGAUGUCAGACUUGCAAUGAUGUGGCUCAAGCUAUUAACAGGCAAUAAAUUUUGGGCAAGAUUUGAAAGGGAACAAAGCGAAAAUAAGCUGCAAGAUAGACAUUUGACAAGUGCUCGAGACGAACUUUUAAAAUUUUAUCUUUUCUGA